AUGAAGUCCGACAAUUCUCCAACUCCCUCUCGUCGUACUUCCGCCAGCAGCCUUUCCAAAUCAACUGCUCUGCAACAACUCCACCACCAUAAUCAUCACCAACAUAAGAACAGCGAUGGUACUCAGGCAGACACCAUCAAGAUCCCUACCGACGGCUUUCACGACCAUAAAGACUUUCUAGGCGACAACAAGGAGGGCUGCUCUGAACCAGUCGGCAUCCGAUCGUUGACGCCAGGCGCCUAUAGCCAUGGCAAUGACGGUGACGACAACGACAGCGGCAUCGAGAGUGAAUAUGACGAAAAGGAGUGCGCCAAACGUCGUUCAACAACAUUGCCCGACGAGGCUCAACAUGAAGUCUCUGACAAGGGACCAAUCUGCUGCUGGGAUGAGUUGCCCCCUUGGAUGAAGGACAACCCAGCUAUCAUCACUGGAUACCGUCGCCCCACCCACAACUACAGCAAGACCAUCGCAUCAUUGGGUUACCUCCACAACGAGUCUGUCAACAUCUGGUCGCAUCUCCUUGGUGCAAUCAUAUUUGUCAUCGUGGCCCCCAUCUCGUACUUCAAGAUCAUCGGGUUGCUUGAUGCCAUCCAUUGGACUGAUGUCGCAGUAUUUUAUGCGUUCCUGGCCGGAGCCAUCAUCUGCCUCUCCAUGUCAGCCAGCUUUCACACUUUUUGCUGUCACUCUGAAGCCGUCGCCUCGCAAUGGAAUCGCUGCGACUAUGUCGGAAUUGUGUUCUUGAUCGUGGGUUCCUUCUACCCGGCCAUCUUCUACGGAUUCUACUGCCACAAGACGUGGCAGAUCAUGUACAUCUCUCUCAUUUCCAUCUUUGGGGCCGCCACGAUCUUUGUGGUGAUGCGUCCAAAGUUCCGUACGCCCCAGUUCCGAUGGGUCCGGUCAGGAUUGUUCCUUGCCAUGGGUCUUUCAGGCCUGUUCCCCAUCGUCCAUGGAAUUGUUCUUUAUGGGUUUGCUAUGGCUCAACGCGCAGUCGCGCUCAACUACAUGUUCUGCAUGGGUGCAGCGUAUGUUAUUGGCGCCUUGAUCUACGGAAGCCGUGUCCCCGAGUGCUUCUUCCCCGGCAAGUUCGACCACUUUGCGGCAUCGCAUCAGAUUUUCCAUAUCUGUGUUUUGAUCGGGUGCGCCAUUCACUUUUUCGGCGUGACAAAGGCAAUGACGUUUUGGCACCAGUCCAACCACAGCUGCGACGUCCCCCUUGAGACCUUGAAGGCAAUGUUUGUCAACUGA